AUGGCUGCUCUGACUAUUCAAAGAACCGACAACUUUUUGCACACAUUUUUACAGGACAGGACGCCCAGCUCCUCCCCUGAAGGAGCACCCAACGCCCUGUCAUUUCUGGCCACCACGUGCAGCCAGGCGUGGCAGGUGGGGGGCACCAUGGGUUCAGAGGGGUCUCAAUUUCCGUAUGAGGGCACGGUCAGCUCCGCCUCAGGGAUGUUCCAGCUCUGGAGCAACGAUAUGACGCCCGCCUCGGCGCUCGGGACACACUUCACUGUUCCUAAGGUGCAGUUCCCCGGACACAUGCAGACCAGCCUGGCUCACCACCACCACCCUCACCACCAUCACCAUGAACUGCCUCUCACCCCUCCAGCAGAACCAUCGUCCUAUUCCUUUGAGCUGUCCCCAGUCAAGAGCAAUGCCUCCUACUAUUCUCAGCACAAUACAGUGUCCCAGAACUUCUCCAGCUUCCUGCAGAACUCCUCUGGUCGCCAUCACCUGUCUGGGGGACAUGUAGAGGAGGGUCAGCAGUGGUGGAGUCUGCCCCAAACAAACGCCUCUGCCCCCAACCACCCCUUCACCCUGAGCAGGCAGCUGGUCCUGGGACACCAGCCUCAGAUCGCAGCUUUGCUGCAGGGCACAUCUAAAGGUUUACUGAGCUCUACUCGGCGCUGCCGGAGGUGCAAGUGCCCAAACUGCCAAACUAACGGCGGCGGCAUGGAGUUUGGGAAGAAGAGACUGCACAUCUGUCACAUCCCUGAGUGUGGUAAAGUGUACAAGAAGACGUCCCAUUUAAAGGCACACCUGCGCUGGCAUGCUGGAGAGAGACCCUUCAUCUGUAACUGGCUCUUCUGUGGGAAGAGCUUCACUCGCUCAGACGAGCUGCAGAGGCACCUGCGCACACACACCGGGGAGAAGCGCUUCGGUUGCCAGCAGUGCGGCAAGAGGUUCAUGAGGAGCGACCACCUCUCCAAACACGUGAAGACCCACCAGAGCAGGAAGAGCCGCUCUGGAGCUUCAUCUCAAAGCACAGACUCACUGAUAAGCAACAUCAAGAGAGAGUGA